CUGAAAAUAAGUGAAAGCAAAUUACUAGUUGCCGACCAUAUCCUCAAUCCUCUCAAUCUUUCUCCUUCCCGCCUCUUUCUUCCUAAUUUAGGGUUUUGCAAAUUAGGGAUUUCUGUUUCCCUUGUCAGAAACAAUAAUGGCAAACAAGCUUGGAGUAUGGCAAAAAGCUUCAGCUUUCAUCAAUGGCGGUAACAAUACUCAUCGUCUUUCAACUUCUCUUUCUAUCAAUUAUCUACUGUCUGCUUCUUCUUAUUUUCAUUCCCACACCAAUUUUCACCCCUUCGUUGAAAAUGAAUAUGAAGUUGAUUCCGAAUUGUUCCUAGAAUCAGUAAGACAACAAUGCCAGAUGGGUUUCCGCAAACUCGACGACGCCGUUUCACUCUGUAAUCGAAUGAUUUGUAUGAAUCCUCUCCCUUCUAUUAUGCUAUUUACUCUCAUUUUGUCUUCCAUGACCAAGAUUAAACCUCGAGUAUUUCUUAAUUAUUCUACUGUAAUUCAUCUCUCUAAUCAUUUGGAAUGGUUGGGUGUUUCUCGUAAUCUUUAUUCUUUCAACAUCCUUGUCAAUUGUUAUUGUCACUUGGGCCAUGUCAAUUUCGGGUUUUCGAUUUUGGGAAGAAUCAUUAAGGUUGGGUAUUGCCCUGAUAUUGUCACCUUUAGUACCCUCAUCAAUGGCCUAGUUCAGAAUGGUCUCUUGGAACAAGCUACUGAGUUGUUGGAUAAAAUUGUAAAGCUUGGGUUUCAACCCAACAUUGUUACCUAUGGUGCUCUAAUCAAAGGUCUUUGUAGGAUAGGGAACUACGCAAAUGCCCUUAAUUUGCUUGUGACUAUGCGCUCCGGCUUUUUCCUUUGCAAGCCGGAUGCUGUCAUGUAUAGCACCAUCAUUGAUAGUCUAGUAAAAGACAAGCUUUUAACUCAAGCUUUCGACCUUUUUACUGAAAUGAAAAGCAAGGGUGAUCAACCCGAUGUGUUUACUUAUUGUACUUUAGUCCGUGGAAUGUGCAUUGCGGGGAAAUGGGAUGAUGCAAAGUGCAUGUUAAAUGAGAUGUUGGAGAGCAACAUAGAUCCUGAUGUUGAGACCUACAACAUGUUAGUAGAUAUGUGUUGUAAAAGUAGGAAAAUUAGGGAGGCAGAAGCUAUACUAGGACUCAUGACUAAGAGGGGUGAUGCUCCGAGUACUGUUACUUACAGUUCUCUGUUAGAUGGAUAUUGUUCAUGUGGCCGACUGGAUGAUGCCUCUGAGGUAAUGGAUUUGAUGGUAAAAUAUGGUUGUAUGCCUGAUGUUGUGGCAUUUAAUACCUUGUUAAAGGGAUGUUGCAAGUCUAAGAAGCUUGAUAAAGCCCUUGACUUGGUUCAGAAUAUGCAUCUUAGAGGACUAGCCCCUAAUGUUGUCACAUAUAACACUCUUAUGGAUGCUUUAUGCAAGGACAACCGAAUCCAUUGUGCAAGUCAGCUUUUAAAGGAAAUGGAAGCUGCUGGUCUCAAACCAGAUGCAGUUACGUAUAGUUCAUUGCUUGAUCAACUUUGUAAAAGCUCACAAAUUGACGAGGCAUUGGAAAUGGUAAGACAAAUGGGUAUCAAGGGAUUGGUCCCUGACAUUGUCAUUUACAGUAUCCUAAUUGAUGGCCUUUGUGGAGUUGGGCGGUAUCAAGAAGCUAGGGAUAUCUUUUUUUCUCUCCUAGGCAAGGGUUUGAAGCCCAACCAAUAUACAUACAAUGCACUGAUCAAGGGGCUGUGUAAAAAAGGACUAAUGAAUGAUGCCAUUGACCUUUUAAAAACAAUGGAGGACAAUGGAUGCUCUCCGAAUGAUUGCAACUAUGAUACAAUUAUCAGGGGUUUGCUCUCUGCUAAUGACAAUGAAAAGGCUCUGGAGUUUGUCUUUAUUAAGAAAAGCAAAGGGUUCACACUUAAUGCUCACACUAAUUCGCUAUUUAAUGCUUCUCUUUCUGAUCACGAUGUUAGCAAAUGCCAACAGAGCUUUGCUUCCGAAGUUUCUGUAGAACCAGAAGCAUAAGAUUAAAGCCUAACGUUGUUGAAUGUCGUUAUCUGAUGUAGGAACUUUUUGUAUGUUUCUCCUCUAGGUCGGUCAUAGCAUGUUACAUGUUAAUAUUUCCUCCGUUUCACUUGCACCUUCUGGUAUUCAUCUUGAACACCGUUGGCUCUCGCUCGCUUCCUUUGUCAGAAAUCAGAAACCCUAACUCAAUUUUGGGUUUGUACAUCCGGGUUUCAAAAUGUCUGCUACAGCAGGUAGGGUAUGCCCUCUAAGAAUGGGGUUUAUGCAUAUAGUCUUCCCUUCAGACUCACAUAGCUUCCCUGUAGACCCUGUGGUCCUGGGGAAAGUUUUCAGGAUUUGCUUGAUCUAGCUCGUAUCACUCGCCCAAAUAAUGAUGAGGCUAGCGGUGCUUGCAAGAAAUGUGGCUGUUUUGGGCAUCUUACUUUCCAGUGUAGGAGCUUCUUGAGUGUUUGAAAAGAGGAGAAAGACUCCCGGUAUGAUAGAGGACUAUAUCAUGGAAGAGUUGGACAAAAUUAAGGGUAUUGUUGCAUUAACAAAUGGUAAAACUGCUGCUGAGAGCUCAGAGGAGAGUUUCGACGUGGAUCAUGAAACUGAGACCUCUCUUUCUAGUGAGGAUUAUUGCUGAACGCUAUGGAAAGAAGGCCAGCAACAGAUUGAAGUCUGCAAAAAAUAAGGAUUAAUCUGGUUCUGGAUUCUGGUAGGACGAAAAGGGGCAGGUUGAAUAAGAGGAAUGGGAAAAAAUUCAGGUAAUGACAGUGAUGUUCUCAUGUAGAUGAGAAAGGAAAAGAGGAAGAAGAAAGAUUAAUAAUUGUCCGAGGAAGAGGAAUACUACAGUAGAAAGGAGAAGAGAAGACAUUGACAUGUUGAUGAUGCAUAGGCCGAUUAUGAAGAAUUUCUUAGGCCACUUAAGAGAAAAACAUUGGCUUGUUCAGUAUUGUCGCGAGUUAUGAGUUUUCACACUAUUUUGAAAACCAGAGUAGAUCAAGUGAUUAAACAUUAUUGAAGAGAAUGUCAAUGGACUAAAAAUACACUGCAACAACAUAUUGUUAUAAGGUGAAAAUUAGCUGGAAGUGAACUUGUAGCAGCCAUGUUUCAAGGUACCACUACACAAGAUACCAUUAGUCAAGACACCAGAGUACCAACUGCUAUGUAUAAGCUCUGCCUUACAACUCUCUCCAGCAGCACCCAGGGCGACGUGCAAUGGAUAGAAGUGGUCUUUCAUUGGAUGUGCUAACUUCCAGUUUGGUGCUUUCGUCUCACAGGUCUAUAAACUGUUUCCAAUCAUUUCUGGAUGUGUGUAUAAAACUUGAAGUAACAUAAUACCAAAAGAAGACUGAAAAGGUAUACCUUCCAUCUGUUAGAGCUGUGUCAAGCCAAGAAUCGAACUCUGCAGCCCAUGGAGCAACACCAUCACCACAAUGAGUGGUAUCGCACGAAGGGUUUGUUGCACUUCCAGAACCGAUGAUGAGUACACCAUCAUCCUUCAGAGGAGCUAAUGCUCGUCCCAGGUUGUAAUGGUAUGCUCCAUUCAAGUGCGGUUGAAUUGAGAGCUCACAUACAGGGAUGUUAGCCUCAGGAUACAUCAGCAUGAGAGGUACCCAAGUUGAAUGACCAAGCCCACGCUCUUUGUCAAUGUGCACAGAUUCGAACCCAGAUGCAGUGAGAAGUUCAUGAACCUUUUUUGCCAAAUCUGGAGCCCCAGGAGCUGGAUACUUCAUCUGGGAAACAACUAAGACUUCACCAACUAAGCUAGUAAAACAAGGAUCGUGAAAGGUUUCCAUUUUCAGGAAAAUAAAACACAGAUUAGAAAUCUGGAAAAGGGUUGAGAAUAAAAACCUUGUACAAAGAAGCAGGGUAUGUAACACCUUCAUAAUCAUAGAUGGUAUCAUUGACAUGAACAGCAUUAACAACAGGUUGAUCAGUUACCCAAUGAGCUGAAAUGACCAAAAUAGCCUUGGGUUUUUUAGAAUACACUUGCUCUCUCCAACUUUUGAAGAAUGGAUGUAGUGGAUGUUCCUCAUCAAUUGUCAACUUUGGGCAACCAUGGGUUAUGAAGAAGGUUUCUUUGAUGUUUUCCUCUCCAACCAUUUUUCUACUACCUCCGUUUUCUUGAGUUUUUACUAGGUUACUAUGAACAGAAAUUGAGGAGAACUCAAUAUUUUUCUAGUAAAUUUGAAGUUAUUGGAGAAGUUUUAGUAGAAUUCUUCCUUUUUUUGAUUUCUUAUGAGGAAAAAUUCGAGUAUUGGAAUUUAUUUUGUUAUUGUUAUUGCUCUGUUUUUUAAUGAGAAAUGCAAACUUUUGGAAUCUAUCA